AUGGAACUUGUCGCUGGCCUUCAUGUACAGCUGUCGGAACUGGUGCUUUGCAGUAGUGACACGAUUCGGGUCGUCAUAUAUUGUUUUCAGAUGGUUGAGCAUGUCCUUCGAAUCGGUAUAUGGGUUCAUUGCAUCAUCCCGCAUGCGUGGGAUGAUGUGCUUUCGGGCUUUACCCUCACAACGGCUCACCACAUAUGCCUUUCGCAGUUGAGGUGUGUCAAAAUGAUCUGCAUUGGCUGCAAGCUUCUGACUUAUCAGGAGCAACCAGUCUUCAAAUCGGGGUUCUUUGCCGUCAGUGAGCAUUGGGGGAUCAGGAAUCUUUGCAGACUUGCUGGGGAUGGUUCUGGGGGAGCUCUGCUGUGCACUGGUAGUUCUGUUCAUCAUCAUUCGAGCUACCUGGGUAGCGAAGGCGUCUCGUUCCUGAUCAGUUUCUGUUUUCUCAUGCUUCAAGGUGAUCAGUUCACUGUCCUUCUCCUGGUUCUGGAGUUCCAGUUCCACUAUCUUCACAUCCUUCUCUGUGGAGACUCCAUAGAACUCCUGGUGGACUCGGAGCAACUUGUCAUAGAGAUUCUUCGGGUCUCGCUCAUAUUCAGUAAUAAAAUCAUCAUAGGUCAAGUCAUGGGGAGUAUCGUCAGGUUCAUCAUGGAUCCACAGGGACUCUCGGCGUCCAUUAUCAUUCAAAAUCUCGCUCAGUUUGGCCAUGGUGGCAGGUUGGGGUUCUUUGUUGAUCUCUCGUUCAGUUCGUUCAGUUUUGUUCGGAGGGGGCACGCUACUAUGGCUCCACGAUCGCUGGAUCGAGCCAAUGAAGUAGGUGUGUGUUGA